CUGAUCCGGCCCGUUAAGGAGAAAGAAGAAGAAGAAGCAGAAGAAGAAGAAGAGGGAUUCGAUUCAGCGGUCCAAGUUAUCUGAAAUUUCAUUCUGAUAAGAAGAGGGAGAUGAUGCAUAUACAGCUUUUGCAGUGCCCGAUUCCGAACCACCUCGCCUUUCUGGGCCCGGGAUUUCCUCCUUCUCUGCUGCAAAAAGGCGGCCAUGGGCGGUGGCCAAUACCUUACAACAGGGGAAUGGCAGGACUGGGCCGUUCGAGGAGGAGGAUCAUCAUCUGUUGCGGGGGAAUGGGAUUCUUGGGGCUUGUUGAUCCCUGGGCUCCUACCGUUGGCAUCGAGUCACAGAGCAUAGCUUCGCAGCUCUUCGCUUUCUCGCUCUUUCCUUACAUUGGUUUCCUGUACUUCAUCACCAAAUCCAAUUCUGCUCCAAAGCUCACUCUCUUUGGCUUCUACUUCUUGCUUGCUUUUGUUGGGGCUACAAUCCCUGCUGGAAUAUAUGCAAAGGUCCAUUACGGGACAUCGUUGUCUAAUGUGGAUUGGUUGCAUGGCGGGGCUGAGUCGCUGCUAACUCUCACCAAUCUAUUCAUAGUGAUAGGGCUCAGACAAGCUCUUCGGAUUAGGAAAACAAGCCAGGAAAAUGAUGCACCCAAUUCCAAUUCCUCCACCAAGCAACCUUCCACCCUUGAACCUGAACAAGACUAGUCUGUCUUCAUCCCUAGCACACAACAUUAUCUGAUGGGUGCAAGGGAAGAGAACCCCUUUCUUCCCUUUUCUAUGUUGCACUUAAUAUUUUAAUUUGGAUGGUACUAAUGAUAUAGAGAAUUCUCUACCUAA